CAAAUCAGUUUCCUCAAUAAUUUGAUAGUUGGUCAACAAACUAAGAUACAUGAUUUACAAGUUAGAUUACAAGCUAUGGAGAGCGGUAAUUACAGUAAUGGUAAUGGAGAAAUCUCAAUGGAGGAAGCCUCUAUUGACAAUUAUUUCAGACCAACCAGACAAAAACCAGCGCCACGAUUAUUCUGUGAUAUUUGUGAUAUUUUUGAUAAACAUGAUACAGAUGAUUGUCCUACUCAAGCCAUGUCUGAGAGUCCGGAACCAUCUCGGCAUCAUGGUAGUAGAGAAUCUGAUAGACCUUACUGUGAAACAUGUGAAGUUUUCGGUCACAGCACAGAAGAUUGUGAUGAUGAUCAAAUGUUCUGA